AAGUUUAUUCACCAAAUACCCUCGUAGUUCCGGUUAUUCACUAAAUACCUCUUAGGUUUCAUUUUCUUGCAUUAAAUACCCUUAAUGACCCUUAGAGUUUAACAAUGUUAACUAGACGUUAGUGUACUAUUACUAUUAUUCCCCUACAAAACCCCUGCAAUUUCUUCUUCUGAAACCCUAAAACCCUCUUCUUCUUUUUCUCUUUCCUCAAACCCAUUAAUUCCAUUGUCCAGAAGAAGAUUACCCACAUUUCGAUGCAAUUUCCAAAACCGUCGGAAAUUGAUGAAUGGCGACCUUCACAUUUCUAAACUCGACCCAAUUCAAAUCGUCCCCAAUUCUCGCAGAUUUCAAAUGUCUUCAAAUCAGGAGAAUUUCUACGAGUUUUCGAAGAAGGUUUGCCUUUUCUAUUUCCCUGAAACUAAAGCUCUUGCUGAGAGAAUCGCUGCUCAAUCUGACGCAAUUCAACUUCGUAGCAUCUCUUGGAGAAAUCAUGUGAUUAUGUCUAACAUAUAUGCACAAGCUGGACAAUGGGACGGAGUUUCAAGGGUGAGAAGAUUGAUGAUUGAUAGAGGUAUUAAGAAAAGCAUAGCAUGUAGCUGGAUUAAAGUGAAAAAUGAAGUUCAUGCUUUCCUCUCUGGAGAUACUUCACAUCCAACAUGUGAUGCUAUAUAUGCAGAGUUGGAGAGAUUGACAGGACUGAUAACAGAUGCGGGGUAUGCUCCAACUACUAGGAAAAUAUUCCAUGAUGUUGAGGAUGGCGAGAAGACUGGCAUGGUUUGUAGUCAUAGUGAAAGGCUAGCAAUUGCUUUUGGACUUAUCAACAGUCAACCUGGAACUACGCUUCUUAUAAGGCUAAGGUCUUCUUGAGAUUUUACUAGAUAGAUUUUCACUUUGUUUUAAAGGUUGUUUAACAUUAGAAGGCAUUUGGUGAUAUUCAUCUCGCUCUCUUUGAUCCAGUGGAUGUUGUUUGUUAGGUCGUGUUAUUCUUCUUAGAUUGGUUCGAUUUAUAGAAAUCAGUAGUUUGGUUUUUGUUG